AUGUCACAGUCCAACGUGGGAAACGCCCAGGUCUACGAAGCCGGCGACCAGCGCGUGCCUCCCGACUCGCAGAAGAACCAGAACCAGGCCGAGCCGUAUCAUGAGGGUCAGAAACAUGCCCACCAGGCGAAUGAUUCCAAGGACCAACGCAGCAUCGCCAACCGCCUAGCCGCGGCGGGACCACAGAACGAGACGGCGUCCGAGCAGGGAGAAAAGAGUGCAAGUGAGAUCGACCCGACUCUCCCGGCGAGACAGCAUGGCAAUAAGCCAUCGCGAGGCGCCCAGAUCGACAAGGAGAUCCAGGACGAAGAGGCUGAGAUCCUGGCGAAGAAGGGUGCUGCGUGA